AUGGCAGAGCAAGCGAUGGUCGAAGGUCUGCAGUCAAGGCCGUCCCGGAGGAGACCACAGACAGAGGAAGAACAACAUGCACGAAAACACCGUGAAGCUCAACAGAAGGAGUACUGGUCACGUGAGCUGUACCUGGAAUUGAAGAAAUUUGAAGCACCAGCUUUGGAGCAUCUGGAGCACUGCGUUAGUGAUCGUCAUCUGCACAUGGCAUUGGCAGGUCGGACAAGGUAUAACACGCUCAAGCGUUACGUCAAGACUUGGAUGGCAUUCAUGCAGUGGCUCAGUGCAGUGAAGGGUACAUUGGAGUACCCAGCGAUCACAUGGAUGGAGCGCAUAGCAUGCAUGGAUGUCCGUUUGAGAGUGGGUGAAUCACCUGUGGUUGCUUCAGUGCGGGACUACAUAGUCGAGACGCUGUCGAAGGAUGCACCUCCGACUAAACGGGCCCCAAGAUAUCCUGCGGUUUUCUUGGAAUCCUUUGAGGCCUUGGUAGAGAACGAGGCACUGCUAUUGGGCACCAGGUUGAUAGCUUGGUUGAAACUGCUGAAGCUUUGGGCAUCCUUGCGUUGGGAUGACAUACAGCGUAUUGUUCCAAAGGAAUUGAAGUACUAUGGGGGACGCAUGACAACAAUCCUGCGUGUGACAAAGACCACGGGUCCAACGAAGAGGGUGCAGGAGCUGCCAGUCUGCGUCUCAGAACACUGCUUUGUGGUUAGUCCAUUCUGGUUGAAGACAGGUUUUGAUUUGCUCAAAGAACAUGCUGCCUUUGAAAGGGACUAUUUGCUUCCGAAGUUGAACAAAGAGUGGUCAGGGUUUCGUAGGACUAUGGCUACAUACAAUGAUAUCACUUCAUAUUCAGCUGUAGUGCGCAAGAUGGCGAAGAGGCCUGGAUCGCAGGAGCCCUUGAUUGACCCAGCAUUGGCAGGGUUCUGGACAGAACAUUCAGAAAGAGCAACACUCCCGACUGGACUUGCUUUGUUGAGGGUUCACAAGGAUGAGCGUGAUAUGCUGGGAAGGUGGAAGCCAGAUGGGUCUGACACUUACAUACGCAUGUACAAUGGGAUAGUUUCCAGACUGCAACAACAAUUUGCCAGGGCCUUACGUGAUGGAAACCGCACAGCCAUGUUGGAUGAGAGGGACAUAGUUGAGAGUGCAAACUCUUGGUUGUCAGAUAGAUGUGAUCCCAUUUCCUUUGAACAGAUGCAGUUUAUUCUUUCGUAUUUGGAGGACUCACUUCAAUGCAAGGUGCAACCUGGCUGGCACCUGACCGAAGAGGGCGUGGAUGUGGAAGUGCCUGAAGGACCUUCUUUGAAUGAGGAAGUUCCAACAACAAAUGAGAGCAAGGCAAACAUUGAAAAGGAGACAAGAAAACCCUUGUUUGUGAUUGUGAACAAUGGCAGGCGUUGCAGGCGUUUGCACAAGAGUCAGGGUGGAUGCUGGAUGGGGCGUGAAAUGACUUUCAAAUCUGCCACUGAAUACUUCCAGCUUCCUGAUGAAUCAGCAUUCACACAUGUCUGCAAGGUUUGUUGGCCAAAAUCGACCAUGAAGGAGGCAUUGGAGGACUCGUCAUCCUCCUCUUCCACAUCUAGCUCCGGGAGUGCCUCGAGCUCGGAUGGACAGGCACUGAAGAGAGGAGGAGCAGACCUCAGAUUUACGCUGUCACGAAAUGAUGUUGAGGACGAUUUGCAAGCUGCAUUUUUCACCAAUGGUAUCACAACAAUUCAGAAGUUUUCCUCCUUCUUCAGAUCCGAAGAUGACCUGAUACAAGUCAUGAGGGAUUCUUUUGGAACAGAUGCAGCAGAUGGACUGGAAGCCCGGGCACAGCUGGCUUCAGUGAUAUAUGCAUGGCGUGAGACUCAGACGAAACAGAAGCGUCAGGCUGAAGUUGAAGCAGAAAUGGAUACACGUGAAUGGACAAAGCCAAUACCCACUGGAGACUACAUCAAUUUGCGCAAUGCUUUCAUGAGGGUACAUGGUAAGAUCGAGGACAGAGUUACACCCUCGAAAGAAUACAUGGAGAAAAAACUUCAGGAACUUGAGAACGGUGAGUUCCGUGCUGAGCUGCUGUCAGAGGUGGUUUCAAAGGAUGAGGUUGACCCCGACGUCAUGGUGCCGGUCUUCGACUCGAAAGGGUCCUUGUCAGUGAAAAGGGGCUCAACAACGGUGGCGCUUCCAACUGGCCCUGAACAGCUCAGACGCAGACUUUCUGUGAUGUUGCAUUGCAUUUUGAUGUUGGCACUGAAGCACACGAACCGUGAAGAGAUACAGGACAUGAACAGAGACAUCAUGGAGCGCUACAAGGACUACAUCCUUGGCGAUUACGUCUGGGGCUUAUCUUCAACUGACCUGCAGGGAAACCAGAUCCAGACGCCUCCAUGGAGUCUUAUCCUCAGUUACGAACAUGCUGUGAGGUGCUUCAAGAAGGGGCACAGCGCAUUGAACUGCAAGGAGGACAAGGCCUUUGAGAAACAGAUGGUUCAUGUGGAUGCUAUGGCACUUUUCGAAAACCCGGAAGACUUGGGUGCCAUUCAAGCAGGUGAGAAUCGGGGCAUUCGACCCGGCAGCAUGUGGCAAUUUGAGAAGUUUUUGGAACUUUUACGUUGGGACAAGGUGGAUACGGCAGCUUUUUAUCAGGAAGACUUUGGUACAGAGUAUUUAAAGCCCACGAGGCUUUUACUGGGGGGCUUCAAACGGCUGCCGAAGCAUUUUGCUUUGGGUCCACCUUGCUUCGACGACCAGGGUUUUUAUGCAGGACCACUGGAAAGACGCUCUGCAAAGCGUCAACUGGUGGGGAGAAGUGGCAACGGGUUUGCAACAACAGGGUCUGAACAAUGGCCUUCCGAUAUGUGCAAAUGGAUAGCAACAGAAAUUUUGGAACAAUUUUGUGCAAUAUACAAACAAGGGCCUGCAGUCCUCGCUGACGAUGGAGCUCAGGGUACAAACUCGGGAGUGCAGGACAAAUAUGAGAUUUUACAACCAGACGGCAGAAAGCUGGUUGGGGGACUUGGAGACCCCCGCAAGUGCCAACCACCUGGCAAGGACAGGCUCUUCCAUGACGGGGCUGGCCUCCUUUCUAUGGGGAGAUGGGACGUGGAGAAUAGGAUCUGGAGCAUGGGAGAGUUUUGGAAGCAACUGAGAGCGGGAACAGUGGCUUUGAUAGAAAAGCACCUGGGUGAUGCAAGAGCACUUGACAGAGCAUGUUUUGAGAUGGCAGUGAAGGGCGAGAAGGGCUGCAGCAUAGUGCGUGACGAGGCAUUGAAAGGUGAGAUCAGAAAGUUUUGGAUCUCACUACUUGAAGGACAUGGUUCAACUCAAACUGGCUUGGACCAUGUGGCCGCUGGGCAACCAUUUUACCUUCGUCUUAUGAAGGAGCUCUUGAAGUUUGGAGAGGACGCAGACUGUAAUUUUUUACUGCAAGGUGAGACAGGUUUCCCAGUGGGAGUGCUGAACCCACUGCCACGCACACCACAUGCCUAUGAAGAGCAAACUUCAUGGCGCUUGGAGGACGAACCCUUUAUGCAGGAAGAGAUAUGGCGCUCCAAUUAUCAGUCUGUUGAGGAGCACGUGCAAUUUGUCAGGGACCAUUUUGACGAGGAGUGCUCCGAGGGGCUCAUGGAAAAGCUCACAAUAGCAGAGGCCAAAGAGCGCUAUGGUGACAGAAUUGCCAUCUCUUCAUUGGCAGUACUUGUUGAGGAGAAUCAUAAUGGGAAAAAGAGGGUGAUCCACGACGCCACCCACGGCACCAAGGUGAAUAACAGGAUCAGAUGCCGGGAUAAGACCAGAAGUCCGAGCGCAAGAGAAAAGCAAUACCUUCUGGCUUAUUUCCGGAAAAACCGGUGCUCAGUUUUCAGCUUGGUGGGCGACAUCAGCAAGGCUCACCGACGUUUCUUGCAUGCGCCAGAGGAGAGAGGCUUGUUGGCGUGCCGCAUACUUGAAUCGGACCAGUUUAUUUACAUCAACAAAGUGGGGACGUUUGGAUUGGCUUGUGCGUCUUACUGGUGGGGACGUAUUGCAGGCGCUGGUAUCCGGCUGACACAUGAACUUCUGGGACCCACCAUGCCGGUGGAGCUUCUUCUAUUUGCCGACGAUUUGGAGGCUCUAGGAGCCAGCGCUGGAGGACGGAGGGGGAUCACUUUAGCUUUCCUUUACAUGUCAGUGCUGGGUUUUCCAUUCAAGUGGGCAAAACAGAGAGGAGGUCUUCGAGUAGAAUGGAUAGGCCUCUACACAGAUUACGCAGCCUACAAGUUGGGACUGUCGCCAAAACGUGCGCAGUGGAUGCACGACUGGGUUCUGGGUCUGGCCACUUCUGGAGUGACAACGGCAAGAAACUUUGAGCAGGGCCUGGGACGUUUGGGUUUCGCAUCACUGGCGCUGACGUGGGAGAGGCCCUUUUUGGGCCCACUUUACAACUGGAGUGCUGCAGUGCGCAACAAAGCGGAUUCCUUGAGGAUACCGGCCAUGUUGAGGACAAUACUCAAGUUUUUGGCGAAGCGUUUUGCUACGGGAGGAGAUUUACAGAGUCCUCCACCGCUUGAGAGACCCCUGAAAAAUGAUCUGGUUUUUUACACGGAUGCAAAGGCCACAGAAUCCGGCGCAUGGAUCGGGGGAUUCAAACAAGGUCCAGAUGGAAAAAUAACAGCCUGGUUUUCAGAGGAGAUUUCAUCCAGCUGGGCGCCCUGGCUUCACUUGAAGAGAGAUCCCAAAAGGAUCAUCGCGGCUCUCGAGCUACUGGCAAGUUUGGUGGCAGUAAAGUUAUGGAUGCCUCCUACAGGUGAGGCCUCGGACGCAACCUGCUGGAUACGGGGCAGCACGGACAACCAGUCCAACACCUAUGCCUAUGCCAUAUCAAGAUGGAUGAGCACGAAAUUUCCUUUGACGGUUUUCAUCAUGGAACUUUCGGAGUCCUUGAGGUUGUCAAGGUGCAAUUUGACGCUGGAUUGGAUUCCACGUGAAUCGAACCAACUUGCGGAUGAUCUCACCAACGAAAAGUUUGACCACUUCGAGCAGGAGGACAGGGUCAGGUGGGAUCCAACACAACAAAGUUGGCAUGUUUUGGAUGAGUUUAUGUUACAUGCAAAUUCUUUCCAUACUGAAAUGACGAGACGGAAAGCUGAGCCGCAAGCUCCACCUGCAAAGAAGAGAAAGAAUACUUCCUCACUUGAACUUGAACCAUGGUGA